AAAAAAAUAAUAUAUAUACAAUGUCUAGAUCUGGUGUUUCCGUUGCCGACGAAUCCUUGUCCACCUUCAACGAAUUGAAGUUGGGUAAGAAGCUCAAGUACGUCAUCUUUUCUCUUAACGACAAAAAGACCGAAAUCGUUGUUGAGAAGACUUCCGACGAACAGGACUACGAAAAAUUCUUGGAAGACUUGCCAGAAAACGACUGCAGAUACGCCGUGUACGAUUUCGAAUACGAAAUUGGUGGUGGUGAAGGGAAGAGAUCCAAGAUUGUCUUCUUCACUUGGUCCCCAGACACUGCCCCAGUCAGAGCGAAGAUGGUCUACGCCUCUUCCAAGGAUGCCUUGAGAAGAGCCUUGAACGGUGUCUCUACCGACAUCCAGGGUACGGACUUUUCUGAGGUUGCCUUUGAAUCCGUCUUGGAGACUGUUUCCAAGGGCGCUGGCUCCCACUAAAUGGCAUUGCAUCCACCGUGCCUCUCGGUAUAUAUUACUCUUUUCUCUAACCUCCACAUCUUCCUAACCCUUUCCCUAUAUAUGCAUGUAUUAUACAAGUAUGUUGCUAUCCUUAUAGGGUGUAGGCAUGUAUUCGAAUCAGAGAUGAGGUUGCCUUGAGGGACAUUUGAUUAAGGUGCUCCUUGGCAAAAUGGUUCUUGGCAGAGUGGCUCUUGGCUUUAUGCUCGGAGUUCUCGCACGCAAGUCAUCAUACUGGGUACUUUCUAAAGCAGGCUAAAUGUUUGGGCGAAAACAUUGGCUACUAGUGUCAAUCGUCAAUAUUGUUAUGCCUAAACAGCUCGAUAUAUGAUGGACAAUACUUUGGUCGCAUGAUCCUCCUUGUACAUCGUUAUUGGAGCGGCAGCAAAAAAGCUCCGACAAUAGCUAAUAUAUUUUUUUAAUAAUAAGCCG